AUGCCUUGUGUGGAGGGUCGAGUUCCUGGAAUUCCGGAGAAAUGUGGACUGUAUGACCCUACACUGGAAAGUGAUGCCUGUGGUGUUGGAUUUGUCGUCAGUAUCGAUGGCAUUCGCUCACAUAAGGUGUUACGAGAUGCCCAGACCAUGUUACAGCGGAUGGAGCACCGUGGGGCGUGCGGGUGCGACAAUGACACUGGAGAUGGGGCAGGCGUGCUCACAGGGAUUCCCCACAAACUCUACGACAGGGUACUCAGAGAGGAACAGAACAUUGAACUGCCGAAUGAAGGUUGCUAUGCUACAGGAAUGAUCUUUGCUGAUAAAGACCAAUUACAGCAAACCAAAGAUGCAUUUUCAUCCAUAGCGACAACCUACAAUCUCCAGAUCCUUGCGUGGAGGGAUGUACCUGUUGACAACUCCGUGAUCGGAAGGGUUGCCAAGACAUUAGAACCUUUUAUUUUACAGGUGUUUGUGACUGGUAGCGAUGAUGCUGACGAGUUCAAACGACAGGUGUAUCUACUAAGGAAGUACAGCUCUCAUCAUAUACCUGAGCAGGACUUAAGAUAUUUUAUCUGUACCCUAUCUACAGAUACUAUUGUGUACAAGGGUCAGUUCACAACAUCACAGCUUUGGGUCUACUUCAAAGAUUUGGGAGAUCCAGAUUUUGAAACCCACAUUGCGCUUAUCCAUAGCCGAUUCUCUACCAACACAUUCCCUAGCUGGGAGAGGGCACACCCUCAGAGGUACCUUGCCCACAAUGGAGAAAUCAACACCCUACGUGGGAACAAUAACCUGAUGCGUGCACGAGAGGGAGUAAUGAGCAGCGAUGUAUACGGGGACAUGUUACAAGACCUGUAUCCUGUUGUCGAGCAAGGCAUGUCUGACUCCGGCUGUGUUGACAAUGUGCUGGAAUUCCUUUGUAUGGCUGGUGGACGCCAACUUCCUGAGGCUGUCAUGACCAUGGUACCAGAGGCCUGGCAGAAUGACAAGACUAUGUCUGAAGACAAGAAGGCAUUCUACCGAUGGAGUGCCUUUGCUAUGGAACCCUGGGAUGGGCCAGCUCUGUUAACUUUCUCUGAUGGAAGAUUCAUUGGUGCCAUCUUAGAUAGGAAUGGUCUGCGACCUUCACGAUUCUAUGUGACCAAAUCUAACCACAUGUACAUGGCUAGUGAGGUCGGGGUAGUGGACAUCCCAAACUCAGAGGUUAUACAGAAGGGUCGUCUUAAGCCUGGUCGGAUGUUACUUGUAGACACACACCAGAAAACCUUUAUGAAAGAUGAUGUUCUCAAGGCACAGAUUGCGACUCUCCGCCCCAACCAGAAAUGGCUGACAGAAGAGACAAUGUCUUUGAGUGAGCUAACCGAGGCACACGUCCCUAGGGAAGUGGUAACUCAGCCUCAGUUAGAAGUGGAGGAGUAUGAUCAUGGAGGAUUCCUGGAGAAGGACAGACGUCUGGCCCUGUAUGGUUAUACAGUAGAAGCCAUCAAUCUCCUGGUGCUUCCUAUGGUAAAGGAAAAGAAGGAAGCGCUGGGCUCGAUGGGAAAUGAUGCUCCUCUAGCAUGUUUGUCUCAGUAUAGUCCUCUCAUCUUUGACUACUUCAAACAGCUGUUCGCCCAGGUCACCAACCCACCUAUAGAUCCAUUUAGAGAGAAAAUUGUCAUGUCACUGGCAUGUCCCAUCGGUCCGGAGGCCAACAUCCUGUCACCAUCAUCAGAACAGUGUAAGAGACUAUGGCUGAACCAGCCAAUUCUGUCACUACAGGACAUGGAGGUGCUCAAGUAUACCACCCACAGAGGAUGGAGGACAAAGCAGAUAGACAUCACAUUCCCAGUCAGUGAGGGACCAGAAGGGGUCAGUCCUGCUCUUCACAGAGUGUGCGUGGAGGCUGCUGAAGCUGCAGAGGAAUACCAGUUAAUCUGUCUGACUGACCGUCAAAUUGGAAAGGACCAUAUUCCAAUACCGUCCCUAUUGGCCGUGGGAGCUGUCCAUCAUCAUUUGAUUGACAAGAAGCUCCGCCUAAAGGUUGGACUGAUCCUGGAGACCGGCGAAGCCAGGGAGGUACACCACAUCUGUACAUUGUUGGGUUAUGGUGUAGAUGCCAUCUGUCCCUACCUGGUGUUUGAGACUGUUGCACGCCUGAGGGAUGAGGCGUUGUUGACACCACCUCUGUCAGAUGAUGUGGUCUAUAGUAACUACCGUGAUGCUGUGGCUCGAGGAAUAUCCAAGGUCAUGGCUAAGAUGGGUAUAUCAACCCUACAUAGUUACAAGGGGGCGCAAAUUUUUGAGGCAGUAGGACUGCAUAAGGAGGUAGUGGAUCUAUGCUUCAAGGGUACAGCUUCUCGUAUAGGAGGGGUCACCUUCAAGGAACUGGCUAAUGAGGUCCUCAACCGACAUCAGCAGGCGUACUCCGAAAGGGAAUGUGACGAUGCGAUUAUCAUGAACCCUGGCUUCUACCACUGGAGAGAUGGUGGAGAAAAACACAUCAAUGACCCUCGGUCAAUAGCUAACCUUCAGGAUGCUGCUAAAAAUAAAAACAAGAACUCCUAUUCCAAAUUCACGGAGUCAUCAUGGGAGAGUGUGAGGAAAUGUACACUUCGUGGUCAGUUAGACUUUGUCUACGCCAAGGAACCUUUGGAUGUGUCCGAGGUUGAAGAGGCAGCCAACAUUGUUAGACGUUUCUGUACAGGUGCUAUGAGUUUUGGAAGUCUGUCUAUCGAGGCCCACUCCACACUAGCUGUAGCAAUGAACCGUGUAGGAGGCAAGUCUAACACUGGAGAGGGGGGAGAGAACCCUGACCGUUACCUCAACAAUGAUGACCCCAUGUUCAACAAGAGGUCAAGCAUCAAACAAGUAGCCUCUGGCCGGUUCGGAGUGACCAGCUCGUACCUGUCACAUGCUGAUGAGCUACAGAUCAAGAUGGCCCAGGGAGCUAAGCCAGGUGAAGGAGGAGAAUUACCUGGUCAUAAGGUAUCAAAGGAGAUUGCCAGGACGCGUCACUCUGUCCCAGGAGUGGGGCUCAUCAGCCCUCCCCCUCAUCAUGACAUCUAUUCCAUAGAGGAUCUCGCUGAGUUGAUAUAUGAUCUCAAGUGUGCCAAUCCCAAAGCUAGGAUCAGUGUUAAGCUUGUGUCAGAGGUUGGUGUGGGCAUCAUCGCAGCUGGGGUUGCCAAGGGUCAUGCUGAGCACAUCACAAUCUCUGGCCAUGAUGGUGGUACUGGGGCCAGCAGCUGGACUGGUAUAAAGAAUGCUGGGUUACCAUGGGAACUGGGUAUCUCGGAGACACACCAAGUACUUGUCAUGAAUGACCUUAGGUCAAGAGUGGUUCUUCAGGCUGAUGGACAAAUUAGGACAGGUCGGGAUGUUGUGAUCGCCGCGAUGAUGGGGGCUGAUGAAUUUGGUUUUAGUACUGCCCCGCUUAUAGCCAUGGGAUGUACCAUGAUGAGGAAGUGUCAUCUCAACACCUGUCCUGUUGGCGUGGCAACACAGGAUCCUGUACUCAGGAAGAAAUUUGCUGGAAAACCUGAAUAUGUUGUCAACUAUCUAUUCUUCAUUGCUGAGGAGAUCCGAGAGAUUAUGGCCAAGAUGGGAUUGAGAAAGUUCCAGGAACUUGUGGGACGUACAGACAGAUUAGCUUUUAACCCUGACCCAGAGAAUCCAAAAGCUGGUCUUCUAGACUACCAAGCUAUGCUGAAAAACGCACUAGACCUUCGCCCUGAUACCAACAUUGUUGGAGGCAGCAUGUCGCAGGAGUUCAACCUGGAGAAUCGACUGGAUUACAAAGUGUUGGAGAAAGCACGAAAGGUCAUUGAAGGUCAAGAAAAACAAGUUGUCAUAGAUACAACCAUCAGGAAUGAGGACCGCACCUUUGGAGCCACACUUAGCUACUAUGUGUCCCAGAAGACUGUAGAGGAUGGACUCCCAGACAAGAGUAUUCUCAUCAAUCUGAAGGGGUCAGGAGGUCAAAGCUUCUGUGCCUUCCUGGCCAAGGGCAUCCAUGUGACCUUGGAGGGUGAUGCUAAUGAUUAUGUUGGAAAGGGUUUGUCUGGAGGAGAGAUUGUGAUCUACCCUCCAAAGGACAUGUCUCCAGCAUUCUGCUCUGAGGAGAACAUCAUUGUUGGCAAUGUUGUCCUGUAUGGAGCUACAUCAGGAAAGGCAUUCCUUUGUGGACAGACUGCGGAGCGGUUCUGUGUCCGUAACUCGGGAGUGACAGCUGUCUGUGAGGGCUGUGGUGAUCAUGGCUGUGAGUACAUGACUGGAGGCAGAGUUGUCGUUCUAGGAUUAACUGGGCGGAAUUUUGCAGCUGGAAUGUCUGGUGGCAUUGCUUAUGUAUAUGACAAGUUGAAGAUGUUCCACCAGCGUUGUAACCAGGAAUCUGUUGCCCUGGAGACUCUUGACCUUCCAGAGGAUGUUACGUUUGUCUAUGACCUGCUAACAGAGUUCCAGGAGAAGACAGGAUCCCGUCUGGCUCAUAGAAUUCUUGACAACUGGCAGGAGGAAAAAGUCCACUUUGUUAAGGUGUUUCCUCAUGAGUUUAAACGGGCCCUGCUGGAGGCCGAGAAAGAGAAGGCUGCCGCACACAAUGACGAGGGUGUAAAGAAUGGUGUUGUCAAUGGCGUAAAUGGAAAUGGCUACGGGGAGGAUCUCAUUAUCAAUGGACAGGAAAAGGAGAAGACCAAGGCGGUGAAAGUCGUAGAUAUAGAGGAAACUAUACCAGACGCUGUUCGUAACCAGAAAAACCUUGAAAAGCUUGAUAAACUGAGGGGUUUUGUGAAGUACAACCGUGCGACAUACCAAUACCGUGAUGUGAAGUCCCGACAGAAGGACUGGAAGGAGAUUUACAAUCACAGUGUGGUGAAAGAUGGACUACAGCAGCAAGCAGCCAGAUGUAUGGACUGUGGCGUGCCAUUCUGUCAAUCUGACAAUGGCUGCCCUCUCAGUAACAUCAUACCAAAGUGGAAUGACUUGGUAUUCAGGAACCAAUGGAAAGAAGCCCUGGACCAACUAUUACAAACCAACAACUUCCCUGAGUUUACUGGACGUGUGUGUCCUGCUCCCUGUGAGGGAGCUUGUGUGUUGGGGAUCAACUCUCCAGCAGUGACCAUCAAGAACAUUGAGUGUUCUAUUAUUGACCAUGGCUUUGAGCAGGGCUGGAUAAAGCCAGAACCUCCACUACACAGGACAGGGAAGAAAGUAGCCGUUGUUGGUAGUGGCCCUGCCGGAAUGGCUGCUGCUGCUCAACUCAACAAGGCUGGUCACUUAGUGACUGUAUAUGAGAGAAAUGACCGCAUUGGAGGGCUGAUGAGAUAUGGCAUACCUACCAUGAAACUAAGCAAGGAGGUUGUCCAGCGCCGUGUUGAUCUGAUGGCUGAGGAAGGGAUAGAGUUUGUCACUGGAGUAGAGGUUGGUAAGGACAUCCCAUCUACACAGCUGGUACAGGACAAUGAUGCUGUGGUGCUAGCUCUAGGGGCCACACAUCCAAGGGAUCUUCCCAUACCUGGUCGUCAGUUGAAUGGUAUUCACUUUGCAAUGAGUUUCUUGGAAACUUGGCAGAAGAAACAGCAAGGAAAUGACCUGGAAUUCCUGAAGCUCCAUGCUAAGGACAAAGAUGUUGUGAUUAUCGGAGGUGGUGACACAGGGUGUGACUGUAUAGCCACAUCUCUACGACAGGGUGCCAAGAGUAUCACAUCUUUUGAGAUCCUGCCACCUCCUCCUCCAUCUCGGGCAAAUGACAACCCCUGGCCAACUUGGCCUCGUGUUUUCAAAAUGGAUUAUGGACAUGAGGAAGUAGAACUGAAGUUUGGACGUGACCCAAGGAUAUUCAACAUCAAGAGCACAAACUUCGUGGAUGAUGGGAAAGGUAAUGUUUGUGGUAUCAACACUAUAUUAGUGGAGUGGAAGAAGGAUGACUCCGGCCGCUGGACAAUGGCCGAUGUACCAGGAUCUGAACAGUUCAUCAAGUGUGAUAUUGUUAUGUUGGCGAUGGGAUUCCUUGGGCCAGAGAAAAAGAUUGUAGAAGAAAUUUCCACCAAACUUGACCCCCGAGGGAACUUUCAGACACCCAGAAAUAAAUACAGUACAAGUGUUCCCAAGGUUUAUGCUGCUGGAGACUGUCGACGAGGCCAAUCUUUGGUAGUGUGGGCCAUCUCUGAGGGCAGGCAGGCUGCACGGCAGGUUGACCUUGAUCUCAUGGGCAAGACUUCUCUGGCAGGGCCAGGUGGCAUUGUGUAUCAGCCAGAGAACUGACCACAGAGUACAUUACGGCUGACAACGUUACCAACUGUUACAAAAUUAUUGAACAUAUCUUGAACAAUUUGAAUUUCUUAUGCAGGGGUCAUGACAUACAAGUAGAGUUCAUAUUGAUAAACCUUUGCUUAGAAUUUAUCAAAACAUUUGAAGGACUUUUGUCUUUGUUGCAUGUCAUUAAUUUAGACAUAUGCAAUAAGCUUUAGUGAAAGUAAAGGCUUCUGGUGGAACUGUUGACAACAAAUUUUAAGACUUAGAAUUGUAUCUAGGCAUUGAUAAUGUAAUAUACCUUAAUGAAAAUUUAUCAUUUUCAAAACAUUUUUUAUUUGUACUGUUAAACAAAAUGUAACAAAGUUGAAAUGACAAGCUUACAACAAGAUUCUACACUCUAUAAAGAGUUUCUUGGUAGUGGUCACAGAUUGUACACCCAUAAAGGGUCUCUUGGUAGUGGUCACAGAUUGUACACCCUUAAAGUGUCUCUCACCGAAAAGUGUUUGUUCCUCCUGCCAAAUUUGUGUACUUUUUCUUUGUUCUAUUUGAAACCUAUUGAGAAACUUUGGUUAGAGAUUGUUACUGUUUAUAAGACAUUGUUUUAAAUGAGUGUUCUAGUAAAUUGAUUUUAAAUUGAAUGAUAAAAAAACAAAACAAACAAAAACCACUACAGCAAUGAGUACUUUGUAUACUGAAUGAUUAUAAUAUUGUUAUUUUUUUAGGGGAGGAGAAUGGGAGUACAUUUUUUAAAAAUAUAUUACGCAGAACCAAUGUAUACAGAGUGCUACAAAGCUCAUGUUAUAUCAUUACAGAUACUGUAUUACCAAGAGGAAAAAAGAAAUACAGAAAAAAAUAUGUAUAAGAUUUGUUUCUUUGAUAUCCAAUGAUUGUUAGUUCUAAGUUUACAGAGACAACUGCCAAACUGUAAUUGUGGAUGUGUGUAUGUUCACCUUGACUCAGUGCUAUUAUUUACCAGUUAUAAACCUUACAAAAUAUCAGAUGCAUAAUACCAUAAAAUAUAUUGUUGUUAUUAUACACGUUGCUAUGGAGACAACACUGUCUGUGAUUAAAUCAUUGUUAGAACUGCUGUUGUAGACAGGUCAAGUUUAUUUUGUAAAUAAUUAUGUAGAUAUGUGUAUUGUGAUGCUGGGGGUUGG